GAGCUGGAGGGGAACCGAACCAAACACUCCCCUCCCCUCGCCUAAGUAACCUGUUGGUGUGAAAUAAAGCCGUAAUGCUGCCUAUUUAAUGUUAAGCGAUUUGCUGGGAUGAAGUCAUAUCACCGACAGAGCUGCGGAACCAAGGCCUUGUAUGCGACUCCAGCCCAACGUGAAGCCGCUUCUACAGAUAGCAGCUUUUUGAAAGAGCUCCUCGAGUCGUCCCAUUCACCUGUACUUGAGCACAAAAAUCUAGGCUUGGCUUCAGGUGCAGCAGCUUCACAGCUAACAGCAUUACUAAGGAGACUUUAUGAACAAAUAAAGAUGCCAGCAGGGGUCUCCUGGUCCCGUUACUUAACGAUGUUGGGGACAAGCAUUCUGACAAUGUUUGCAGGAGCUGAAGUAGUGCACAGAUACUACAGACCGGACUUGAGUAUACCAGAGAUUCCACCCAAACCAGGUGAGCUUAAAACAGAACUUCUGGGACUGAAAGACCAAAUCCAGACUCCUAAUUCUGAAAAACACUGAAGGAAGUGAAACAGAAGAUUCAUUCUCAUAAAAUGUAUUCAACAGCUAAAGAGACUAGGAUAUUUUGAUCUAACACUAUAAAAUUAAUUAUACAUCGUUCUGCAGUCAUGGACUUGAUUUUCUGUAAUUACUUUUAAGCAGUUUCAAAGAUUGCAGUCGCACUCACUUAAUACUUUGAGGGUGAAGUGGGAAAAAUAAUUUACUGAAUGUCCAACAUUAGGUUAGCAGAAUCUUAACACCUAUUUAGCACUCAUCCUGACCAAUGACUUGUGUUAAAAAAUCAGAAGUCUAUGAUUACGUUUGUAUCCUGAAACUCUGAAAUUGAAUCCUUGUGGUAUGUCUAUCAAGAUGAACAAAAAAGAUGUAAAUACCUGAUGUGACUCAUUGUUUAAAUAAAAAAGUGACUCUUAAUGCAGACACCAACUUUGUUAAUUGAAUUAAUCUAAUGUAACACUUUAUGUGGAUAGUAAUAUUCUUCUGCAGAUGUUAACUAGAAUGCAAAAUAGUAUUGUGGGAAGAAACAAGGGAAAUAUACAAAUACUCUGCUGAAUUAAAUGAAGCCAAAUAUGAUUCAAGAUGGCAUUAACUAUGUUCUCCAUGGUACAACCUACUUUGAGGUCACGUAAAUCUUCCUUGAAUGUACAUUGCUACAAAUAAAUAUAAUUGAACUUGA